AUGAAGACAAUCCUACUUGUAUUGUUGAGUGUGUAGAUCUUAUUAGCAUAGGAUCCUUGGGUAACCCAUUAUACAGCAUUUACAUCAGCUGAAAUAAAUGAUUUAGAUGGUAUUGAUUGAUGAUUAAUAAUUAGGUUGGGUUGUAAAGAAAGCAUUUAAAGGAAAUACUUUUAGCAAAUGUGAUAAAAUUAGUUUGGUUGGUGGAUAUGGAGCUUUUGGUAAAGGAGCAACAGCAUUAAAAUAAUUAACACUUCCACCUCAUUAUAAAUUAAAGAUCAAUAUACAAUUGUGGAAGUAAUAUUGAUUAAAUAACUAAAAUAAUAGAAUUGAUAGUUGGGAUAAUGAAAUAAUGUUUGUUUUAGUUGAUGGUUUCAUUUGGCAAGCAAAAUGGCACUAUUCUGAAGGUGCUAAUUUAUGUGGAGCUGCUAAUGAUUGGAAAGAAGCCUUUUAUAACAUUGAAUUUGAAGUUCCACACAAUUCACCAACAGUAAGUAUAGUAUUGACAUCAAAUUUGGAUGAAGAUGCUUUGAAUGUAAGAAUAAUGAUUAUAAUUAAAAUAGGAAUCUUGGGCAUUCAGAGAUUUCAAAUUGUCAUUCUAAAGAUGUCAUCCAGAAUGUGCAGUAUGUGGUGAUAAUAAACCAGAUAAUUGUUUCUUUUGGACAAAUGUAGCUACUAAUUGGAAUAAAUAAAUUUCAUUAGAAGGAUGGACAUUAGAUGGAGAAGGAAAAGCUGAAUCAAAUGAAUGUGCAGGAGUAUAACUUUUUGGUGGUUUUGGAAAAUUAGGAAGAAAAGCUAAUUUAUGGAAGAGAUUUACUAAUUUACCACCUCACUUUUAAGUUAAAGUUAAGGUUUAAAUGUGGAAAAUUGAUUCUUGGGAUAAUGAAUUAUUUUUAAUGGAAAUUGAUGAUUAAGAGAAAUUUAGAUAAGCCUUUGCUUAUAAUGAAGGUGUUGAUCUUUGUGGUGUUGAUACAGGUGCAAAAUAAGGAGAAGGAUGGGCUGAAAAGAUUGUUAAUAUUGAAAUAAAUGUUCCUCACAAAUUCCCUGAAGUAAAAGUCUUAAUGAAAUCAACAUUGGAUGAACCACCUGAGAAUGAAUCAUGGGGAGUUAGAGAUUUCUAAUUAUUUGCUGCUUAAUGUUUCAAAGGAUGUACAGGUUGUACUGGANAAAGUAUUCGUUUUUAAGAGAAUUAAUGAUUAGCAUUAAUAUUAUUAUAUUAUGAAGACAAUCCUACUUGUAUUGUUGAGUGUGUAGAUCUUAUUAGCAUAGGAUCCUUGGGUAACCCAUUAUACAGCAUUUACAUCAGCUGAAAUAAAUGACUUAGAUGGUAUUGAUUGAUAAUAAAUAAUUAGGUUGGGUUGUAAAGAAAGCAUUUAAAGGAAACACUUUUAGUAAAUGUGAUAAGAUUAGUUUGGUUGGUGGAUAUGGAGCAUUUGGUAAAGGAGCAACUGCAUUAAAAUAAUUAACACUUCCACCUCAUUAUAAAUUAAAGAUCAAUAUACAAUUGUGGAAGUAAUAUUGAUUAAAUAACAAAAAUAAUAGAAUUGAUAGUUGGGAUAAUGAAAUAAUGUUUGUUUUGGUUGAUGGUUUCAUUUGGCAAGCAAAAUGGCACUAUUCUGAAGGUGCUAAUUUAUGUGGAGCUGCUAAUGAUUGGAAAGAAGCCUUUUAUAACAUUGAAUUUGAAGUUCCACACAAUUCACCAACAGUAAGUAUAGUAUUGACAUCAAAUUUGGAUGAAGAUGCAUUGAAUGUAUAGAUAAUUAUAAUAAAUAUAAUAGGAAUCUUGGGCAUUCAGAGAUUUCAAAUUAUCAUUCUAAAGAUGUCAUCCAGAAUGUGCAGUAUGUGGUGAUAAUAAACCAGAUAAUUGUUUCUUUUGGACAAAUGUAGCUACUAAUUGGAAUAAAUAAAUUUCAUUAGAAGGAUGGACAUUAGAUGGAGAAGGAAAAGCUGAAUCAAAUGAAUGUGCAGGAGUAUAACUUUUUGGUGGUUUUGGAAAAUUAGGAAGAAAAGCUAAUUUAUGGAAGAGAUUUACUAAUUUACCACCUCACUUUUAAGUUAAAGUUAAGGUUUAAAUGUGGAAAAUUGAUUCUUGGGAUAAUGAAUUAUUUUUAAUGGAAAUUGAUGAUUAAGAGAAAUUUAGAUAAGCCUUUGCUUAUAAUGAAGGUGUUGAUCUUUGUGGUGUUGAUACAGGUGCAAAAUAAGGAGAAGGAUGGGCUGAAAAGAUUGUUAAUAUUGAAAUAAAUGUUCCUCACAAAUUCCCUGAAGUAAAAGUCUUAAUGAAAUCAACAUUGGAUGAACCACCUGAGAAUGAAUCAUGGGGAGUUAGAGAUUUCUAAUUAUUUGCUGCUUAAUGUUUCAAAGGAUGUACAGGUUGUACUGGACCAGCAAAAUCUGAUUGUACUUCUUGUGGUUAAGGUUUUGAUUUAGUGAAUGGUGAAUGUAAAGAAGGAAGUAAUUUAAUAUAUUUAUAUAUUGAUUAGUUAAAUGGAUGACAUUAAAUAGAUUCUUCUUUAAUGAUGAAUAAGAUUUCUAAGGAUUAUAAGAUUGGANCUUCCACCUCAUUAUAAAUUAAAGAUCAAUAUACAAUUGUGGAAGUAAUAUUGAUUAAAUAACAAAAAUAAUAGAAUUGAUAGUUGGGAUAAUGAAAUAAUGUUUGUUUUGGUUGAUGGUUUCAUUUGGCAAGCAAAAUGGCACUAUUCUGAAGGUGCUAAUUUAUGUGGAGCUGCUAAUGAUUGGAAAGAAGCCUUUUAUAACAUUGAAUUUGAAGUUCCACACAAUUCACCAACAGUAAGUAUAGUAUUGACAUCAAAUUUGGAUGAAGAUGCAUUGAAUGUAUAGAUAAUUAUAAUAAAUAUAAUAGGAAUCUUGGGCAUUCAGAGAUUUCAAAUUAUCAUUCUAAAGAUGUCAUCCAGAAUGUGCAGUAUGUGGUGAUAAUAAACCAGAUAAUUGUUUCUUUUGGACAAAUGUAGCUACUAAUUGGAAUAAAUAAAUUUCAUUAGAAGGAUGGACAUUAGAUGGAGAAGGAAAAGCUGAAUCAAAUGAAUGUGCAGGAGUAUAACUUUUUGGUGGUUUUGGAAAAUUAGGAAGAAAAGCUAAUUUAUGGAAGAGAUUUACUAAUUUACCACCUCACUUUUAAGUUAAAGUUAAGGUUUAAAUGUGGAAAAUUGAUUCUUGGGAUAAUGAAUUAUUUUUAAUGGAAAUUGAUGAUUAAGAGAAAUUUAGAUAAGCCUUUGCUUAUAAUGAAGGUGUUGAUCUUUGUGGUGUUGAUACAGGUGCAAAAUAAGGAGAAGGAUGGGCUGAAAAGAUUGUUAAUAUUGAAAUAAAUGUUCCUCACAAAUUCCCUGAAGUAAAAGUCUUAAUGAAAUCAACAUUGGAUGAACCACCUGAGAAUGAAUCAUGGGGAGUUAGAGAUUUCUAAUUAUUUGCUGCUUAAUGUUUCAAAGGAUGUACAGGUUGUACUGGACCAGCAAAAUCUGAUUGUACUUCUUGUGGUUAAGGUUUUGAUUUAGUGAAUGGUGAAUGUAAAGAAGGAAGUAAUUUAAUAUAUUUAUAUAUUGAUUAGUUAAAUGGAUGACAUUAAAUAGAUUCUUCUUUAAUGAUGAAUAAGAUUUCUAAGGAUUAUAAGAUUGGAUUCCAUCAAAUGUUUUCUAAAAUUAAAAUCCAUUCUCAACAUGUGGAUAAAAGAAAUUGUUUGGUGGUUAUUAAAGAUUUGGUGUAAGAGCUAAAGCUGAAAGAAAUUUCAAUCUUCCAAAACAUUCUAGACUCAGAAUUCAAUUCUAAUUUUGGAAGAUCGAUUCAUGGGAUGAUGAAAAAUUCUAAGUCUUUGUUGAUGGAAAAGUUGUAUUUGAAAGAUCUUUUGGAUUCAGUACUCCAGGAUAAGCCAAAAUUUGUGGAGCUCCUUAAAGUACAUGGAUGACUUAUUUCUUCAAUGUUGAUGUCAUUAUUGAACAUUCUAAUCCAACUGCUAAUAUAGUCUUAAGUUCAACAUUAGAUUAAGGUGCUGAAGAUGAAUCAUGGGGUUUCAGAGAAUUCUAAUUACUUUAUGAAUUAAAAGAAGAUUGUGUUGAAUUGUAUACUGAAUGUGGAUUCAAGGGAACCAAAUAUGAAAUCUGUAGAGAUACUCCAUCACUUGCUAGAGUAAUAAUCAAUUUAAAUAUUUAAUAGGAAAAAAUCAGUUAGGUUAAAUCUAUCAAGAUCCCUCCUGGUGUUGUAGUCUAAGGAUUCGAUGAAGAAGUUUAUAAAGGAAAAACAGUUAAAUUCUCAUAAAGUUAGGAUUGUUUAGAGGAAAUCUAAUUUUCUUUUAUUCAAAAGAAGUUUGAGAUUAUUCAAGCUGAUGAUUCUGUUUUGGCUGCAAAUUUAAGACGUAUCAGAUUUGAUUGAU